AUGGGUCGACCACAAAAUGCACGACCACGCGACAGCGAUGUAUCGAGCGUGAUGUCCGACGACGACGAAGACGAUAUGAGCGUUACAACGCCAUACACCCCACGAACCUCCGACCCAAAACAGCGCGCAAACACUAAAAGCAAGCACGGCAAAGCAACAGCCGGACAAAAACAAUCCUUACAGAAACAAGCUCUACAAAAUGCCAGACGCAGCAUAAGUGGAACACAUACACCCCGACAGAUUCCGAUAAGAGACGAAUCAAGCGUACCGAGCAACCUACAGGUCGUCGGAACUGCCCUGACGCCCGCGUCUAAGAGACCGAUACCGAUCCUGAGCAAUUUCGAGGACUGGCUGAAGCUGGCCACGGACAAUAAAAUCAAUGCCAACAAUUCUUGGAGUUUCGCCCUGAUAGAUUAUUUCCAUGAAAUGAGCUUGUUGCGCGAUGAGAGUGGUAAUGGGAUUAAUUUUCAGAAGGCUAGUUGCACACUUGAUGGGUGUGUCAAGGUCUACGUGGGACGAGUGGACAGUGUUGGUGUGGAAGCUGGACGCUUACUCAGUGGCUUGGCCAGUAGUGCGACAGAGGAUGAGACCUCAAAGAAAAAGAAGAGGAGUGGACAAGGCGACGAUGAAGAGGAUGAUGAGGAUGGAGAGGGUGAUCAGAGCGAUGGGGAGGGCGGGAUAAAAAACAAGGACAAGAAGAAAAAGCAGAGAAGUCACGAAGCGACUCUGGCACCAUCUUUUGCAAGCUUACAACUGAAGAAGCUCGAACUAGAGUUCGCAGUUGAUCCGCUGUUCAAAAAAGCAAGCGCUGAUUUCGACGAAGGUGGUGCUAAAGGUCUGCUGCUAAACCACUUGUGCAUAAAUGAGGAAGGAAGGAUCGUCUUUGACAGCAGUGAUGCCGUGGAUGAAAAGCAAGAACCGGAAUACGUUGAGGAAGAAGAGGAAGCUGUGGCACAGGACAAAACAAGCGAAGCUGACCAGAUGUCUGCAGCUGAGCCUGGAGCAGGAGGCAAGGAAGAGAUGGCGACAGACGCCGAGAUCGAUCUGGCUGUGCUUGCAAACAAGUAUUUCACCAACCUGUCCAUACUCGACGACUUCGAUAUCUGUCCUUCUAUGAAGAGCUUCCGCCUAGGUGAACCCACAGCAGCACUCAACAUACCACUCUUGCAGGGCGACGAUUGGAAAGAUACAAGGCAGAGUCCUGAGAAACGACAGCCCCCACAAAUUGAUGGCGACCUGAACUUGGCUGAUCAAAGUGGUCUGUUCCUGGAUGGAAGUAACGGUCUUGACUUUGACGAAGACGACGCAGGCCUCGGCGGGUUUGACAUAGGAGACGAUGUCGGCUUUGGACAAGGAGGAGAGGCUUGGGCUAAAGAGGCUGCGCUCGAGCCUAUGCUGAGACCUGUUGGCGCUGACGAGGACGAAAGACAGCUUGAAGAUGGAGAUGGUUACGCGAUAUCGAUGCAGCACAUGUAUCGAGAAGAUGCAGAGCAGGAAACAAUGCUCGCCUUUUUCGGAAAAGCAGUCAAUUCUCGAGCCAAAGUUGGAACCAAAGCCUUUGAAACAAUCACAAAUUGGAGGAUACAGAAAAUACAAAAGCAAGCACAAGCUGAAAAUGCUCCACCUGUAAGGCAGAGAAAGGAAAAGGAGCCAUUCAAGAUCGACUUCCAUGGCCCAGUAUCAGACAACCUCAAGAAAUUGCUUUCUGAUAAGCCAGUGAGCAACGACAAAAUAAGCUUGCCCAAAACACAGCUCAAAACCAAGGGUCGGAAUCUGCUCGACAAAGACGAUGAGCUCAUAGAUGUGCAGUCCAUGAUGAGAUUAUGGACGAAGCCAAAAUGUCGUGUUGCGCGCCAGAAAGGUGCCAUGGCUGUAAUCGACGAAGGCUUUGGUGCUCGCGAACGUGGACAGCCAAAUCUUGAGUCGAAGAACGACGACGACGAUAAUGUCCCACAAGGGGAUUAUGACGCCAAUUUCUUUGCUGACGACGAACCACUUGGCCUGCCAUUCGACGGGCCAUUGCCUAUAGAUGAUGAUGACGACGAUGAUGGUGAUCAGCCUGGCUUUGUGGAUGCCAGGGAAAUGCUAUCACCUGUACCAGACAAUCAGCGACCUCAUAAUAUUGAUGAUAUACUGCACGACCAGCAUGCCCCAGAUUCGCAGGGUCUAGGCCCUUCAGCAUCACAACCUGAGAUGCUGCCUGGCAGCUUUGGUAGCCAACUCGUGACACAGCAAGGUCGGAGAUUACGUCCUGAAUAUGUCAAUUAUGCACGAGUAGCCAAAAAGGUUGAUGUCCGUGCAUUGAAAGAGAACAUGUGGAAGGGCAUGGUGCCCAGGCUGAACGUCUUCUCAGCACCUGGUCCACAGCGAAUACCCACGCCUGCUUUGACAGACGACGAUGGCGACACCGAAAUGUCGGACUCUGUAGAAGAGCCUAAAGAGCCGGACUUUGAGCAACAGCCUCAGCAACAAGGAAGGGAGGCACUAAAGUUUACAGAGAUAUUGUGUGAUCUCAAGAACGUAUAUCCAGAUCAGCAGAUGAAGGAUAUUAGCACGAGUUACGGAUUUAUUUGCUUGCUCCAUUUGGCCAACGAAAAAGGGCUUGUGCUCGAUGGUGGUAGGGAGGAAGGUACCAUGAAUGAAAUCAUGGUCAGGAGGGAUCCAGGCGUUGACGAAGAAUAUGUCGUCGAUACGAGUCUCGUCAAUGAUCGACAUGAGCUGGAGUGCAAAGAUAUCAGAUGGCACAAAAUGAACAAGGGACUUCGUUGUCAAGCCCAAGCGCUACUGAGACAGGUGACCUUCCGAGUUGCGGUAUCUGACCUUGCCGCAGCACCGCUUAUCGCUGAUUACAAGCACGACCGGCUGAAGAGCCGAAGGGAUUAA